CACUCACUGAAAUAGAAUGUCAGCCUCAAAGUCUAUUUCUCCUAAAAAUGAAAUAGUAAAUGAUUCAGGUGACUUUGGAAUAAGAGACCAAUGCAACGAAGAGAGAAACCAAGAUUCAGACUUUGAAGAUGGGGAUGAACAUGGAAAAAUACAAAGCAAUGAUAGCAAUGAAACUAAAAACAGAACGACCCACGUACUGGAUGAAAUAGAUUAUCAAGAAGUCUUAGAGGAGCUGGAGAAAAUGAGGAAAGAACUGGAAGAGGAAAACAAGCAAAGGGGAAGCUAUAUAUACAGUGAUUCUGAUGAAGACGAUGAUGACAUCGAAAAUGAUUCGAUGAAAAAUGAAGAUGAUAGAAACGACAGUGAUUUUUAUGAUACUGAUUUAGAAGACAGUCCACCUAAAACAGAAAAUGACUUUGGUGAGAGCGAUUACCUUAUCUGCAGACAGAAGUACAUUGAAGCCUGCUCUAAAUUUGGAGAUGUUCCCCCUCAGAAGAGGAUCCUACAAGAACUAGAGAAGAAGACCCUGUCUAUUGCCCAUCGCUGCCUCAGUGCCAGAGAUAUUAAGCCUCUCUGUAUAGCUUUAGUGGACAAUCUCCGUGUACAGAAUCUUAACCUUUCUCACUGUGAUAUAAGAGACGAAGGAUGUAUGUAUGUCUCUCAGCUCCUCACUGAUAAUAUUGUGAUUACGAGACUGAAUUUAUCCAGCAAUUGCCUAACGUACGUCUCCAUGAAUACAUUAUCACAUGCAUUGGCCUACAAUAAAAUUUUACACCAUCUAGACCUGUCAGGGAACAAAUUAGAUUAUAAAGCCUUGUACCUCCUGGCCCCUGGAUUAGCGAAAAACUCAACCUUGAUGACAAUAAAUCUUAGCAACAAUUGCUUCUGUGAAGAAAGUGGCCUAACUCUGGGUGCUGCUCUAGCCGAGAACAUGCGUAUACAAGAACUAGAUCUAAGCUGGAAUCAACUUAGAGGUAAAGGAACAGUUGGGUUACUGAAGGCCCUUGAGAUAAAUACAUCUCUGACCUCUAUAAAUCUGGCCUGGAAUGGUCUUCAAUAUGACGGAUCCGUGGCUGUAUCCAAAUGUCUGAAAUCGAACGCGACACUGACGUCACUUGACAUCACUCACAACAACAUUAACUGGAACGGAGCAUGGGUCAUCUCAAAAGGACUUGCAACGAACAAAACUCUCCAAGUCCUCAAGAUUGGGAACAAUCCGUUAACGACCACCGGCGCGAUGGACCUGUUGCUUGCAGUGUCCAGUGAGUCCAGCAAAGUCCGUGUUCUUGAUAUGAUUGAUGUUGCUGUUCUUGGAGAAACUGAAUUGCUGGCGAUUAUGUUAAUGGAUAAACGGAAGCUUCAGUUUAUACACGGAGGGGUAGUCAGGACUAGCGAUGUGCUCGGAGAAAGAAAGGAACGAGAAGUAACCGCCAUGGAGAAAGUAAUUUCCUACAUGAAGACUGUUGGGUUACGUCCCCUUGAAUUGCUACGGGCAUUUGAUAAAUCUGCACAUAUUAAUGUUUCACAAAAGGAGUUUAAGAAUAGAUUGAAG